AUGGCGCCCGCAGGACCUAAAACCACAGCGGCACGGAAACGCACCCGCAAAAGAAAGCGCCGCGACGUCUCAUCGUCCUCAGAAUCAUCCUCAUCCGACGACUCAUCCGACGAGUCUGAUGGGUCCCAGAAGCAGACCGUCGUACGCGUCUCCGUGAAGUCGAAGGCCGGAAAGGCGGCACAACCAAAGCCUGCGGCGCCGAGCGAGUCCGAAUCCUCGUCUUCCUCAUCCGACUCUGAGUCCGACUCGGAUGCUGAGCCUGCGAGAGCGGGAUCAUCAAAAGCUGGUCAGGCCUCGGCACCUACUCCUUCAAAACCAGCACGACGACCGUCGUCACCCACACCUCCUCCUACGGCCGUUCCGUCCUUCUUGCCGGGAAAAGGCGCGGCAGAUGAGGAGAAACAGAAUGAGCAGGUCCUGAAGGAGCGCUUCAGGAAGUUCUGGAUGGCGUCUGUCGCGGAUGGCUUCAAGGAGGACCUCGAGGAGAUUCGCAAACAAGAGCCAAAUCUCACGACGUCGCGUCUGGCGAUGCUCAUCGACUCAUUAGCGGCAGGCGGAGACGUCUUCGCGUCUGCACGCGUAGAGCCCGACAGCGGUAUGGCAGAGAUGGAGAUUGUACUCGAGCAUAAUACAUGA